GAGUCUUGCAUUUCUUGCCUCUUUAUGGGGACUCCAAAGGAGGAGUACAAUGCCUUAGAGGAGAAGUUGAAGAGGACUGUUUUUCUUGACAACCUCUCACCACAGGUUACUGCUGCUGUAUUAAAAUCUGCCCUGGGGCAGUUUGUGAAUGUCAUUGAGGUGCAGUUCAUUCCAAACUACCUGGGACCAAGCAACAUCCCACGAUGUGCCUUGGUGGAAUUGGAAACUGUAAAACAAGCUCGAAGCAUUGUUGAGGAGAUGACCAAUUACCCCUUCAUGAUGUCUGGGAUGCCAAGACCUGUGAGAGCACGUAUUACUCAUAAAGAUAUGUUUGAUCGCCCAAAAAAAUCAGGUCUAGAUGUUCGGUGUCGUUGGGCGGAUCCUAAGGACCCAUAUUUUGAGGUGGCAACAAAGGAGAAGGAUCUGAUCAAGAAACAUGAAGUAGAAGCUUAUCUCUUGCUGAAGCUGGAACUGGAAGAAGAGGAGAAGCUAUUGAAGCAUCAGUAUGAGGUGCUUCAAGCGAACUACAAGAAAUUUGAGAUGAUUGAUAGUGUUGUCGUUGAUAAGACUCUCACUUGCCUUGCAUCUCGGUAUGGCAUGAGAAUGAAAGACGAUUGACGA